AUGACGCUUUGCUACCCUAGCAUCCCAUUCAUCGGGCAGGCCCAAUCGCUUCACCGAAUUAGGCUAUCUGCACCAUUCUUGGACACAGAAGUCGUCUACCUCUUCAACCCAAUGAUUGGAUGGUUUUUCGAAGAUGCGCAUGCGAGACUUGGCCGUAUGUGCCUCCACUACCGGGAACAUGGAGUUGGUACACAUGGCAUCCAUUUCAUCCAUCAUCCACUACUUCUUUUUCAGGGCGGCCGAUUAAUCGAGCAAAUAGCCGUAGAUCACGGCAGUGUGAGAUUCGAAGUACAGGUUGUUUUCCCUUGGUACACCCAACCAAGGAAUUUAUGA